UUCGCGACCGUCCCCGUCCUCGGAAACGUGGACGCCUUCUGGGAGGAAGCGAUCGCCUCGAUGGAACCUGGGGAGCGCUGGAUGGCGACGCUCCGGACGGCGGUCGUUGGCGGGGCCCUCGACAAGGCGGCGGCGCGGCACCUGGAGAGGGGCGGGCUGCCGCUGCUCUACUCGAUCACGAUGAAAACCGGGGGCCGGCCCCUGGCGGAGGCCCUGGAUGCCUGCCUGGAGGCGUCGGCGUCGUCCGGGGGCGGGCCCGUGGUCUUUCACUGCCAGAAGGGAAAGGACCGGACGGGGAUCCUUUCCAUGCUGCUCCAGGAGUGCCUCGGCGGAAGCACCGACAGGGACAUGGUGGAGUCGUAUGCUCUCUCGGGGAGCAACAUCGGCGAGCUUCCGAACCAGACCAGGGCCGGCGACGGCGGAGAUUCGUCGUCGUCGUCGUCGUCGACGAUCGACUGGAGCUACUUUCGGGGCAGCCCGGCGUCCGCCAUGGAAGACACGCUGGCCUGGACGCGCCGGAACUACGGUUCCGUCGAGGGGUACCUGGACAGCAUUUGCUUUGGCGAGGAAAAGCGCGCCCAGUUGCGAAAGCACUGCCUCAGGUAACGCCGUAUCCCAGACAGCCUUGUCGCGGCAGCGUGCUAGUGGGCACGAGAUUCUUGGUUCCGGAGAUGGGUGUUCACACAACACGACACAGAACAGAACAGUACGGAACCUCAAAGCCGAAAAACCUUGGCACGCCUUUUGGGUACUCGUAUCAUAUCGUUUCACUGUUGGUGACGAACCAGGCAUCCGAUUGCAAGCCGCCAUGGGGUGAUCGGAGCCRAAACGAGUGCAAGAAUCCGAGCCAUGAGUUGAAGCAGAAGGCACGAAGUGCAAAGCCACAUUGUCCCACACUGCAAGAUGCAUUGGUAUGCGUUGGCCCUAGCUUGCAAACUUKGGUUUCCGGAACGAAACACAGCCGCAAAUGUGGUUUUUGAUUGGAAUAAACUUUUCGACGACUAAACAUGAUUUGCUUUCUAGCAGAACACCGGCACAAAAACAUAUCAUUCGUACUCCGCUACAAUACAUAAUCACAAUCGAU